CCCCAUAUUAUUCCCACAUAGAGAGGAUGGAACCCAAAUAUUCCAUACUAUGAAGGUGAGGAUGCAAAUGAAUACAAUGAGAAUAAUGUGUCCCAAUGUGAUUUUUACAGCUAUAGAUUCCAAACUAGACUGGAAGAAUCCAAUGCAUUGCUAUUGUGUGGAAAGUUGUUCCAACAAUGUAUUGUUAAUGCAUAUGCAUUGGUUGAUGCCGAGCGUUUGGAUUGGAUUAAAAACAUUCAAACAAAGCUGGGACAACAAUACUACCAAGUUCUUUUGGAUUCUUACUUCAGAUGUGACUCAACAAAUCUUAUAUACAAUUUGGCUACAAGGGAUUGGUUGUGAAGGCAACUCUUUUUGGUAAGAUAAUCGCCCAAAUAAAUGCCAUCUCUCAAAUGCAGGUAACGCUCCCUCAUCCGUGUCAUUACAUCCUUAUGUAUCGUUCCUUAUAAUGGUAAGGCAACAUAUACAUUACCUUAUUGUUAUUGCUCAUCAGACGCUGACACAAAACUAUCGACAUUUAAUUAAGAGAUCGCAAAAUUUUCAGGAAAGAAUAAUUUCAUCUAUUCAGGAGCGACUAUGCUGCUGGCGAAUUCAAAAAUUCCAAAAGACAUUAAUUUUGGGCCAAGGUGAAGUUUCUAAACAUUUACUCACCAAUUUGCUUGCAUGCCAAGUUUGAAGUUGGACAAAAUAAAAAUGGAAUAAUUAUCUUUCUAUUUGGGUGAAAACAAUGACGGCCACUGGCGGAUCCAGGGGGUGGCCACCCCAGGCCCCGGCCCAGCCCUCCUCUGGAUCCGUAGUUACUAUAGUCCUUAUGAAAUUUUUGAUUUUAGACAUUCAAUCCAGUGUUAUUCUAUGAUAAGAUUGGGUUUAACUAGAAAAAUUAUCAAGUUGAACAUAUUCAAAUCACUAUUCUAAAUUUAGCCUAGAAAUUUUAGCCCCAAACAUUAUGCGUCUUAAAAAAACAAUGAAACCUAAAAUUCUAAAAAGUUAAAAACGUAAAAGACUAAAAGAAAUAUGAGGUAUGUUCCCUUACAAAUUUACUAAAGCAGCUGGUGUGCAGGGAUGGACACAUAAUGUAAAUUGAUUAGUCGAUUGAUUUAUCUAGUGUUGAUGCUGCUCAUUUCAACAGCUACUACGAAGAGAACCUUUUUAACAAUGGAACAUGCGAGAACUGAUUUGCUCAACAAAAUAAGCGAUGAAUUUCUCGCCGAUUGCUCAAGUAUUUUAUUUGAAACAGUGUAUACUAUUAGUAUGGAUGUAGACUUCAUUAUUGAUGCAUUCCCUAAAUUAAAAUACAGUUGUGUACAAUUUACACCGCAAAAAACUAUAAUCAUUAUAUUUUUUUUACGGUUCUAAUUUUAUAAUGAAAUGCGGCCCAGUGCUAAUCUAUGUUCUGGAUCCGCCGCUGAUGACGGCGAUGGACCAAAUCCGCUAGUGAAAAGCACGAAAGCAACUCAACAACUAAGUUCAACCAAAACAAUGAAUGAGUUAAAUCAAAUUAAAAUUCAAGGAUGAACAAAUCGUACAUAUUGUUCAUAAAAUGGACAAGGUAAAUUCUAAGACCAUCAAAACAUUUAUUUGUAUUUGCAAAUAUUUUUUAACAUCAAAAUUUUGUGCUCAAUAAAAUGCAGGAAAACAAUGAAGAGAUUAUUCAAAUGCAAGAGAAGGAGCAGUCGUCGGGUGAUAUUGGAGACCAAUAUGUCACUAAUGGAGAUGAAGACCUUACUACUGGUGGAGAUGAUGAUGUUGCUCAUGACGUAGGAAAUGCAAACAAGCAAAAAAAAACGUACAGUAAUAUAUGACGAUGGGGAGAACAAGAAGGAUUUUUCAAAUAACAUUUAUGAGUCGGAUCCUUGACAUAGGAUUUGUCUUUCAUUUUCGAAAAACAAUUGUACUCGGUGACAAUUUGAUGUUAUCUUUUGAAUGGUUGUCUUUCAUUUUUUGUAAAACAAUUAUACUCGGUAAUUCGGUUAGAAUGUUGAAAAACAAUAUGAUGUCAACUUUUGAAUAGUUGAAGUAGUAUAAUAAUUAGAAUUCUUUUAUGCUACCAAGAAAUUAAAAUGUUACAUACUUUCAUAAAGCUUUAUUUUUAACAUACUACUAAAGAAAUGCUAAUCUCACAUACAACUUGCUAUAAUUAUUUACACGAUUGACAAAUGAAACCUGCCAACCCGCCCGGUCUGUAACUAGUUAUUUGAUGAUUUAUUAACACGUGAUGACUGAUUAUAACAAAGAAAAGAAAAUCCUUUCUUUAUCAUCAACCCACCUAUGUAUCUUAGAUGCCUAAUUGAGGAUGAUGUAGGCCAUGGGGCCAGAAGCUUUUAUUAAUAAUAUUUACCAGGCUUUUUAUAAAAAAAAAAAAAAGAAAGCUUUUAUGGGUGCAGUUUCUGGGAUAGGCCUUGCUUGACUGGGCUUUGGGCUGAAAAAGAGAUCCGUAAUAUAUUUGUUUCAGUCCUUGUCCUGGAACAAUCCGCAUAAAGGAAGGAAGCUGUGAAGUAGCUGCCUAAAUAGCUCAUCAUCGCUCUCUGCUGGAAGCCGCGAUUAGGGUUCUCCAGUGGACGCUGCAAAUCCUGAUCUCGUUCUGUACUUCUCUUGAAUCGCAUCUCCCGCCAUCCUUCAAUUUCUCAGGCAAGUUUGUCGUUUGUCUCAAUUCUGAUCGAUUACUCUCCGCUAAUUUGGUUUCAUUUGUAAGUCCAUCUCUGUGUGUGUUAACUUGGGAGGUAGCAGAUAUCGUUGUUUUGCAAGUUUAUUUUUCUGAUAAAUUUUGAGAAGCAGCUGUUUAAUUUUUCGUCUUCUUAGCUUGCUCUGUUGAAGGAUGUUUUGAAUGAUGAGCUUAUCGGUUUAAAGUGUUUUGAUGAAUUACUAUGAGAUCUCGACUUCCCAUAGAUUAGAUUCUACUAUGUAGCGCUUCUCAUCGACUGUUAGAUCUGAUUUGUUAGGUUAGUGAAUAGUAAUAGCUGUUAAGACGUGCUUGAUGUUGUUGCCAUAUGUUCCUCGUUCCUAUUUGAUGUACAGUUAGCUAUGCUCUUGGUGAGAGAGAGAGAGAGAGAGAGAGAGAGAGAGAGAGAGAGAUUCCCUGCCUUGAUCGUUUCUGUGCUACUUGCAACAGCUCUAGUCUGGUUUGAGGCAAAUGAUUCUUUUGUGGACCCUUGCAAAGGGAAUCCUAAGUCAUCACCUUCAAUCCACCAUCCAACUGACUCCUCAAGUUUUUUUGGCAUUUUUGUCCCUGAUAGGAAGCAUUAACCACUUCACUGUAUUGAUGACUCUUGGUAAUUGUAUGCUGUUUCAGAAAUGGAUGAUACUGCAUCGAGCAUGGAAAACUAUGCCCAGGAAUAUUGCUUUGCGAAGCAGAAUAUUACAAAAUUAGAGGUCAAUAAGGCCAAAGCUGAAGAGAAGAAUGCCUUCUUAAAUGAUCAUGGAAAACCCCCCAACACUGAGGAAGUCCAACGCUAUGCUGAUGAAAUUAAGGCAGAGAGAGAGAAGCUGGAUUCCCUCAGGGAACAGGUUCGACUAUCUGCAAUAAUGAUUGUGCGUGAACGUCAAUCAACUGAGCCUUAAGGUAAUUUAAUUACUUGGCAUGAUGAAUAGUCUACUGCUGGAUAUAUAAUGUUUACUACCAUUUGUUUAUCUUCUGUUAGCUGAUGAUACUUUUCAAUUCCUGUAGCAUUCAGCCCUGACACUCCCAAUCAGUGAAAGCUUGAGUACUCUAGUCUAUACCCACAAGAGCAGGCUCGUCCAGAAGAGUUCUUCUUACUCCCUUUGUUGUGUGUUUCAUACCUAUUCCUGUGAGGAUGUUUUAAAACAUAUGAGUAUUCCUUGUUUAUGUGAUGUUGGCUUGCUUGCCACCGGAACAGGCUUGUCCAGAAUAGUCCUUUCCUUGCGCCCUUCGUUUUAGAAAACUAUAUGCUUUGUUUUUUCUUCUUCUUCAUAUGUGAUGUUUUUUUCCUUAUUCAUGACUAUGUUUGCAUGAGGAUGCGGGAGGUUUGAUUUCUUAUCCUGUAUUGUGCCUUAGUUCUAUGUCAUGGUUUGUGAUUCUCAUAUCUUGUGUUCCUCAUUUGCUGCACUGACCAUUCUUGAUCCCAUUUGGUUAGGGUUUGAAUGUGCAUACUUUUGCCGUAUAACCCAAGUAUACUAGGAUGAGUAGGACAGUAAAUAUAACCCCAGAUUUAUGUCAUGCAUUCUAUAUGUUUGAUAACUCCAUGGAUUCACUUUCCAACUGCAGAAAUUGUGCAGUUCUUACUCGGAAAGUAAUGCACUGUAUGAGCGUGCAAGUUAUCAACCGGUUUAGUUUGACAACUCCUUUUACUCAAUCGUUAAUUAAGCCUUUAGCCGUAUGAGGCCGGGAGUUGGUUCUUGUUACCGUCUCUCCGUGUUGUAGGUGAAUUAAACUGUUUGUUAACUUGGUGUCGUUGAAGCAUGUCUUCAGUACUAGAAAUCAAAAGGGUUCACCUUUCUUUUAUCCUUUCGCUGAUUUCCUUGUCUGGUUUUGUUCUUACCUUGCUCCCCAAAUCCAGAAUUGCUCAGGGAAUGAUGGAAUGGUCUGAUAGAUUGGUGAGCAUGAUGGGAUAAAUUGACGAAUAGGAUUUGAAGCUUGACGUAGCCCCUGGGAUAUGGAUAGGUUGUUAGCCUAUUCACAAAGUCGCCUUCCCUCCCCAUUUUCUGAAUGCAUUCAGCACUUAUACACCCCAGAAGUGAAGAGAACUUAUGCCAUUAAAACCGAGAGGGCCACGAGAGCCUCUUUGUGUUGACGGGAGGGUUGGUUGAAUGGUCUUGUGUUGCCCAGAAUUAUUUUUUCUUACACUUUAGUACCUAAAAUUUAAUUUUUUUACAAUUAAGUUCAUAAUUUUUUUGAUAAAAUUACAUUUUGUUACCCAAUUUUUUAAUUUUUACAAUUUAGUACCCCCUAUACUCUUAACACUUUAUAAAGAGGUCCAAUGUGGUAUGAGAUAUUUGUUGUUGCUAAGGGUCAUAGGGUCAAUAAGUGAUUCGUCCCUAUGUUGUCCCAACCCGUCCCUACCCUUACUGGGUCAACAAGUGACUCGUCCCUAAUCUGACCCUGUAGACAAACUGACCUGUCUCGACCCUCAGGGACGGGAUGAGUCGGAAUUCGGUUCAAGCUUACACCCCUACGUAUAAAUCAUAUAGAUUUUG